GAUGGCCGACGUGUUGCGCAUGCGCACUGCCGAUUUGGUCGUCUCGGCACCACGGAAAGUGGUCUCGGGCGCUGAAUGAUUCUUCCCGAAUGAGUCCCGCCCGUACUCGAGCCUCGGCAUAGAACGUUCAUUUCGAGUCACUUGGACUGGGGCAUCAGAGAUGCGGUCGUGUCCGGAUCAACUCUUCUGGGCGCACGCUGAAGCUAAUGUGGCUAAGGUAGCCAGCUAGCCGCUAAUACAGAGACGCGUUUUAGAAGCGACACAUCGCUCGGAAGAGAUCCAGUGAGCGUGAAGUGCUGGGAACAUGUCUGCGAGAAAGACGGCGGGAUACAAAGGGGAACUUUGUGGAACGGAAGAGGACAUCAAGCCACGACGUCACCUUUGCCAGUUGGAACCUCGUCACGUCUUACACAGAGCAGGCAUCGGCGAAGAAUAUCUCCACCCUGAGCAACAGGAGCCAGAGUCCGUCCUAAUGAAAGUGGAGGAGGAGGGGCAGGCGGAGACGCCAGACAUCAAAGAAGAAGAGCGGGAGGAUGCAAUCAGCAAGUUUCCAUCGACCGCCGUCUCCGUGAAGGGCGAAGAAGCUGAUGGAGGGCAGCGCGGAGGAGCCCAAUGGGACGGCCUCAUCCCGCCGCUUUCGGACGGCGACGACGCGACGUCACGCUCUUCGGACACCGACGGCGAUGAGCACUCCAAAGGUGAUGCGACGCGUCACGCUGGCAGUCGACGAGUGAAAUGUGCUCAGUGUGACAAAACUUUUUUCAGCAAGUCAAACUUGAAAAAGCACAAAGUCACCCACACGGGCGAAAAGCCAUUUGCCUGCUCGGUUUGCUUGAAAAGGUUUUCCCUCAACGACAGCUUAAAAAGACACACAAGAACACACACCGGAGAAAAACCUUUUGCCUGCUUAGUUUGCGGCAAAAGAUUCACUCAAAGGUGGACGCUAACGGCUCACGCCAGAACACACACCGGGGAAAAACCCUUUGCCUGCUCCGUGUGCGCUAAACGGUUUUACGUGAAAGGCGAGUUAAAAAAACACACGACGACGCACACUGGGGAGAAACGCUUUGUCUGCUCAGUUUGUGGAAAAACAUUUUAUCGAAACAAGGAUUUAACGAGUCACAUAAGAACGCACACCGGGGAGAAACCUUUUGCCUGCUCAGUUUGCGGUCAAACGUUUCCUGUCAAGCAGAAUCUAACGAGGCACUCGAGAACACACACCGGCGAGAGACCGUUUGCCUGCUCGGUUUGCGGUCAGACCUUUUCGGGAAAGCAAAAUUUAACAACGCACGCAAGGAUACACACGGGGGAGAAACCUUUUGCCUGCUCAAUUUGCGAUAAAAGAUUCUCCAGGAAGAGGCAUUUGACCAGCCACAAAGGAAAACACACUGGUGAAAAAGCUUUUGCCUGCUCCGUUUGAGCUCAAGCAUUUUCUAAGGAUCCAGAUUUAACAAGCCACCCAAAACUCUGGAGUUUUCUCUCCGCAGUAUUUCAAAAGCGACAGGCCACAGACAAAAAAAAAAAACCCACACGAGGGACUGAAACAUAUCAAAUUAAAUAUUAAAGUAUCCAUACAAAAGUUGAAAAAAACAGCUGUAAAGAUAAAACGCUGUCUGCUGAACGCAAGCGAGCGUUAAGCGUUUAUUAACAUUUGCCAUUUGGCCAACAAGUGAACCUCCGUAACCUUUUCGUCGCAAGCAAUCUUUCUUCAGAGCAAAAGGAAAGGGUUGGCUCCAUUCACAGAAAUAAAAGCAUAAAUAUCUGACAUCAGUUGUUUAGGAAUGGGCAAUUCCAUAAUUAAUAAAAAAACUUUUUCGUCUCUUUAUCUUUUUUUUUUGGUUGUUGCAUUGUUGGAGAAAGACUUUGCAUGGGUACUGAAUGAUUCCAAAAGUAUUCUUUUCAAAAUCCCUUCGCUGUUUUUUCUUUUCGUCUCUUUACAUGGCUACUUUUUGUAUCUUUAACUUUGCUUUGAAAUGUCUUGAAGUGGUUUUGGUUGAAAAUGCCUUUAGGUGCUCUGCUUUUGUUUGCGUGAAGCACAUUGACUUGUCUCGUGUAUGAAAUGUGCCAUACGAAUAAAGCUGCCUUGGCUCGAAA